UGUACUUUCUCUUCCUCUGCACGCGGUUGAGGAAACCGGUAGGCCUAAGCAAAGUGUGCCGAAUAAUGCCGGGAAAACUCCGUAGUGACGCCAGUUUGGAAUCAGACGCGGCCAUGGAAAAGUUGGAGACCCUGCGAAAGCAAAACGUGAAGAAAGAUAGAAAAGAGAAGCCAAAGUCUAAUAAGACUGAAGAAUCUGCAGAAGGAAAGGAAGAAACUAUUUCUUCCAAAACUAAAAACGUUAAAAAGAAAGCAGGGCCUUCUGAAGCUGACACAAAUUCUCCUAAAUCCAAAAAGGCAAAAAAGCAAGAGGAGCCUACUCAAGAUGACAUUAUUUCUCCUAAAACCAAAAGUGCCAGAAAGAAAAAGGAACCCCUUGAAAAGAAAGUUGUCUCUCCUAAAACCAAAAAAUCAAUAAAAAAUGAGGAACCUUCUGAAGAAGAUGUGGAUGCUCCUAAACCCAAGAAGAUGAAGAAAGAGAAGGAAGUGAACGGAGAUAUUGGAGAGAAAAGUCCCAAACUAAAGAAUGGAUUCUCUCAUUCUGAACCUGACUCUAACUCCAAUGAAGCAGCCAGUGAAGAAAGUAACAGUGAAAUAGAGCAGGAAAUACCUGUGGAACAAAAAGAAGGCGCUUUCUCUAAUUUCCCCAUAUCUGAAGAGACUAUUAAGCUUCUCAAAGCCCGUGGAGUGACCUUCCUGUUUCCUAUACAAGCAAAGACGUUUCACCAUGUCCAUAGUGGGAAGGACUUAAUUGCACAGGCACGGACAGGAACUGGGAAGACAUUCUCCUUUGCCAUCCCUUUGAUUGAGAAACUUCAGGGUGAGCUGCAAGAUAGGAAGAGAGGCCGUCCCCCUCAGGUACUGGUUCUUGCACCUACAAGGGAGUUGGCAAGUCAAGUAAGCAGAGACUUCAGUGACAUCACGAAAAAGCUGGCAGUGGCUUGUUUUUAUGGUGGAACUCCCUAUGGAGGUCAAAUUGAAAGAAUGCGGAAUGGGAUUGAUAUCCUGGUUGGGACGCCAGGUCGUAUCAAAGACCACCUACAGAAUGGCAAGCUAGAUCUCUCCAAACUUAAACAUGUUGUCCUGGAUGAAGUUGACCAGAUGUUGGAUAUGGGUUUUGCUGAUCAAGUAGAAGAGAUUUUAUGUGUGGCAUACAAGAAAGAUUCUGAAGACAAUCCCCAAACAUUGCUUUUUUCUGCAACUUGCCCUCAUUGGGUAUUUAAUGUUGCUAAGAAAUACAUGAAAUCUACAUAUGAACAGGUGGACCUGAUUGGUAAAAAGACUCAGAAAACAGCAAUAACUGUGGAGCAUCUGGCCAUCAAAUGCCACUGGACUCAGAGGGCAGCAGUUAUUGGGGAUGUCAUCCGAGUAUAUAGUGGUCACCAAGGGCGUACUAUCAUCUUUUGUGAAACCAAGAAAGAAGCCCAGGAGCUGUCACAGAAUGCAUCUAUAAAGCAGGAUGCCCAGUCAUUGCAUGGAGACAUUCCACAGAAGCAAAGGGAAAUCACCCUGAAGGGUUUUAGAAAUGGUGAUUUUGGAGUUUUAGUGGCAACCAAUGUCGCUGCACGUGGGUUAGACAUCCCUGAGGUUGAUUUGGUUGUACAAAGCUCUCCACCAAAGGAUGUAGAGUCUUACAUUCAUCGUUCUGGGCGGACGGGUAGAGCUGGAAGGACAGGGGUUUGCAUCUGCUUUUAUCAGCACAAGGAGGAAUACCAAUUAGCACAAGUGGAGCAAAAAGCGGGAAUUAAAUUUAAACGAAUAGGUGUUCCUUCUGCAACAGAAAUAAUAAAAGCUUCCAGCAAAGAUGCCAUCAGGCUUUUGGACUCUGUGCCUCCCACUGCCAUUAACCACUUCAAGGAGUCAGCCGAGAAGCUGAUAGAGGAGAAGGGAGCUGUGGAGGCCUUAGCAGCAGCGUUGGCACAUAUUUCAGGUGCCACAUCGGUAGAUCAACGCUCCUUGAUCAACUCAGAAGCGGGUUUUGUGACCAUGAUCUUGCGGUGCUCAAUUGAAAUGCCGAACAUUAGUUAUGCUUGGAAAGAACUUAAAGAGCAACUGGGCGAAGAUAUUGAUUCCAAAGUGAAGGGAAUGGUCUUUCUCAAAGGAAAGCUGGGUGUUUGUUUUGAUGUCCCUACUGCAGCAGUCACAGAAAUACAGGAGAAAUGGCAUGAUUCACGACGCUGGCAGCUCACUGUAGCCACAGAGCAACCUGAGCUGGAAGGACCACGGGAAGGAUAUCGAGGCUUCAGGGGUCAGCGAGAAGGCAACCGUGGUUUCAGAGGACAGCGGGAAGGAAAAAGAGGCUUUAGGGGACAGCGAGGAGGAAAUAGAAACUUCAGAGGAGGAUCAGGAGGUGGAAACAAAAGCAACAGGUCCCAAAACAAAGGCCAGAAGCGGAGUUUUAGUAAAGCAUUUGGUCAGUGAUUAGAAAUAAAGGAUUUAUAUGGCAGAAACAGGACUGUGGCACCAUGGAACUGAGUGGUAUUUUUCACACAAAAUUGAAAGCUUGUUGUUUUCUUUUGACCACUUGGCCAGUUCCCAUCCCUUGAAAAGAGACAGGCUUAAUCUAAAUUAUUUCAUCUGAUCAUUAUAAUUUCUAAUUUUAUUGCUUUUAUUGGGUUUUCCUUUUGAAAAGUAAAGAAUUCAUUAUACUUUUAUUCUGAUAUACUUUCUGUAGAUACAAGAUAAAAUCAAGCAUGUUUGUCUAUACUUGUAAGUUGAUCUGUCUUUUUUUGUGUGUGUGUUAGGGAUUGAACCCAGGGCCUUCCACAUGCUAAGCAUGUGCUCUACUACAAAGCUACAUCCCCAGUCCCUGAAAGUGUCUCUUAAUAGUAUGUUUCUCUAAAGUAAAUACCCAAGGAAAUGCAGCAAUCUCUGGAGGACCAUGUUAGCCUUCAAAAGUGAAAGCUUUGUUUUGUAAUUGGCAUUUUUCAGCCUUCUGCCAGACAUUUACUUGUGUGGUCCUAUAACUUGUCUUCUGAGAAUUUAUACUGAACAAUGUUUUAAAAUGAGGUUUCAAACUUAGCUGGGUUGUGAUGGUUUAUGCCUGUGUAUAUGCUGUAGUUUUGGAGGAUGAAAUACAUUCAAUAUAGAUUACCCAUGAUUGUGUUCAUUUUUAAACGCUUUUAGCUUCUCACAUAAGGUGAGUCAUGCUUUAGUAAAUUCUUCACAGAUAAUAUAUAUAUAGAAGUACAUUUUGAUAGAAAGGCAGUGUCUUUAAGGAAUUCCAAAUGUAUAAAAUGACUCCAUAUCUUUUCUUAUGAAUAAGGAGGCUGGAUAAAUACUGUUUAAAUGAUUGUACUCCACUUCUUCCUAUUGGAAGAUCAACAUUAUUUUUCAAGAAGAAAUUAAGGGAGUAGGGGGCACAGGUUUGUGUAGAGUAUGUCUAAAAAAUUCUCACUGAAAAUAUUCUUCACAUGUGAGAAGGAAAUAUAACUGGAAAGCAAAGAGAACAAGUGAAGAUGCAUGAUAAAGCAUUCUUUUAAUGGUGACAAUUUAAUGAUUCAUGAGUAUAUCAAGAGGUUAACUUCUAAUGGGCAAGCUAGGGUUUUUAGGGAGAAUGGUCCAAUUUAGUUUCUCAAUGGCCUAGAUUUUAAAACCACAGAGUAGGACCUGUUUCUGUAAAGCUUAUUCUCUAUUGAAACAUUUUCACUGUUUAGAGACUUCCUUUUAAGAAAAACUGUAUGGUUUUUUUAAGUUGUUCUUUUGUGGGAACUGAAUUCUUAAUAUUGCUCCUCAUCAGAUAACUAUACCUGAGAACUCCAGUAUUUGUUGGAAACAUCUACUUAGCAUGGGAGCUUAAGAGUGGCAUUGUCCUCUUGCAUUCAUUUCCAGAAAUUAUCUUUGAUAUGUUUUUUUUCCUGACUGCCUCUUACUCUUUACUUCAGCUCCUGACCAUUGAAAACAUCCUUCUUCUGUUUGAGCUUCAGUUUUAUCCUUAAGUCUGGGACCAGGUGUUUUUUGCUGUCUCAGAAUUCUCUUGGCUUUUAUUCUUUGAACCAUUUGUCAGUUUUUAUCACUUUGUUUAUAUUCCUCAUGAAUUUCUAUUAAGCCACAGAGAAUUAGAAGGUAUUUGAUGACAGUCCACAUGUGCCUUGUGGGUUAUAAUUUAUUAGAUUCUGGUUUUGUCCGUAUACUGAACAUGCUUAAAAAACAACUAAACAUUUCACAAUUUGGAUACAAAUGGGUAUCAGGCAGUUUCAAAGAAUAUAGUAACUGCAUGGUGGUACACAUCUGUAAUCCCAAUUAUUCUGGAGCUAAGGCAGGAGCAUCACAAGUUUGAGACCAGCCUGGACAAAUUAGUAAUACUUGUUCAAAAUAAAAUUAAAAUAAAAAGUAAAAUUAAAAUAAAAGUAGCUGGAGUGUGGUUUAGUGGUAGAGCACUUGUCUAGCUUGUGAACCUUGGGUUUUAUCCCCAGUACUAAAAAAAUAUGGUAGCUGUCUUUCAGGAAGUAACAGCUAAAACUUUUUAUUAUGGGUUAGCCUGAAUUAGAAAAAUGAUCAGGCAUAAAUCAAGAGUGAAAAGGAAGAUUAAUAGAAAUUUCACUUUAUACAACUUAAUUUUAAGAAAAGCAUGGCUCUUUCAAUAAAUGAAGCUAACAUUUUUUUGGAUUCCAGAGUUCAAAUCAUAUUUGUAAAUGUAUAAUUGAGCUAUUAUUCGGUUUAAAUGAACUUGUUGGGCUAGCCUGGGAAAUGUUACCAUUUUUACUAUUUUCUACAAAGAAAAUAUUUUCAGAGCUAUGUGUCAAAUAAUUCAAUGGACUUAAAAAUUACAACCCAUUUUUGUGUUUGAGCCCUGUGCUAUUUCCUCUGCACUGUACAUAAAAUGUUUUUACUGUAAAUUAAUUGAUAUACUGCUUUAAGCCAUAAUAAAAAAAGAUGUUAGUACUAUAUGGUUUGGGUGACUUUGUUUUCUAAAAUGAAAAUACCCCAAAAUCUUGCAUAAAACAAAGUCACCCUAUAUCUAAUAUUUUGGUGAGCAAUUUUCUAUAUAUUCAUUUAUAAAAUUAGACUCAUCCUGUUUUGUGACUCAUCUGGAAUUGUUCCCUUACCCCCAACACUCUGUAUACCUUUCUGUAAAUACAGAUCUACAAUGACUGUUUUUUAGUUUUUUUGGCACAAGGGAUUGAACUUGAGUACUUUACCUUUACCUCUGAGCUAUAUAUCCCCAGCCUUUAUUUUUUUUUUAUGUUUUUAAUUUGUGAUGGUCUUACUGAGUUGCUGAGCCUAUCCUCAAACUUGGGCUCCUCCUACCUUAGUCUCUCAAGUAGCUGGGAUUACAGAUAUGUGCCACCAUUCCCUAGUCCUGUGAUAUUUUUGAAAACUUUUCUCAAAUAGAUAAUGCCACUAUACAUUUAGACUGACUAGCCACAUUGGUUUUUCCUCAUUUUUCACUAUCAUAGCAACCCUAAAGUUAAUAUCCUCCUUUAUAUCUGUAUACUUGCUGUCAUUUUAGGAUAUGUUUUCUAAAAGAAUUGCAGAAUGAAAGUGAAUGUACGUGAGAUUUUGGUGUAAAAUGCUCUCCAAAUCAGUACCACUUUACACUUCAACCAUUGUCUCUGAGAACCUGGUUCUUCACAGCACUGCACAACUGAAUUUUAUCUUGUCUUUCUCGGUUUGCAAGGCACCAAGUAAAAUUGCAUUGUUUUUGUGUGUCUUUUAAUUAAGGAUUAACAUCUCACAGUGGCUAUAAUUUGUAUUAUACACUUAAAUUGGGAGCUGUCUUCUUGAUAAGAGUUUUUUAUUAUUAACAUAUACCAUUUUCAGAUUUUCAUUUGUAUUUUAACUGAAGUGUUUUUACAUGGAACUUUGUUUUUAUGCAAAUGUAUCCAGUCUUUUAUUGUUUUUAUUACCAAGAAAAUGCCUAAAUAAACCCUCUAGCUUCACUUGCU